CCCGACAGUUAUUACCGUUAUACUAAUCGAUCGUGUUCAUCCCACACACGCGCACACACUUCACACUUUCCUCUCACAGUUUCAGAAUCACAAACCUCACUCUCACAAUCAGAGAUCGACGUCAUGGAUCCGAAUCCCACCGUAACGGAUCCGAAUCCCACAGUCAUGGAUCCGAAUCCCUCCGUCGCGGAUCCGACUCCCACCAGUUUUCCGAUCCUCUCCCAAGUCAUGGACGCGCUUCCGGCCUCCCUCACGCGCUCCUUCACCACCACCGCAGACGACGAUUCAGGCGUCGAGAAACCCCCGUCGCCGGAGCCUCAUUUCGAGAUCUCCGAAAAGAUGCCCGACAUCAGGAACCCCGAGCUCGUCGCCGCCAUGCGCGAUGCCGUGAACGACGUGGCGGAGUCCCGAUCCGUCCUGGAGGCCCUGGGCCCACGACCAGAUCACGAAACCGUGGAUUUGGCGCGCUCGCGCAUGUCAGAGAUCGACGCGUACGAGACGGCAGGGGAGUCGGGGGAGGUGAUGAAGGAUUACAAGGCGUGCAAGGCUGUGAUCGAGCUGGAUGAGAUGCACGAGUCGUAUCAGAAGAUGUUGGAGGACGCCGAGAAGCGGCUGGAGCGGAUUCAUGAUGCUGCUGUGGCGGGGGAUGAUGCGGCAGCCGAUGUGGAUGCGGAGGAGUAUGAGGAGGGGGAGGAGGAGGAGUAUGAGGAUUAUGAGGAGGCGGAGGAGGUGAAGGCGGAGAUGAUGAAUGAGGAAGUGGCCGCCAUUUUGAAGGCGGCGGAGGCGGGGAAGAAGCCCAUCGAGAAGGUGGAUUUGUCGGGCCGGAAGUUGAAGAUCUUGCCGGAGGAGUUUGGGACAUUGAAUUUGUUGAUUGUGCUCAAUUUGUCGUAUAACAAGCUCGAGUGGAUCCCAGAUUCAGUUGCAGGGCUGGAGAAUCUGGAAGAGCUAAUUCUUGUAGCAAACCUAUUAGAAUCACUGCCUGACUCCAUAGGCCUAUUGGAGAAUCUGAAAAUGUUGAAUGUCUCCUCAAACAAGCUCGCUGCCCUACCCGAUAGCAUCUGCCAUUGCAGGUCGUUGGAGGAGCUGGACGCGAGCUUCAACAAGCUGACGUACCUCCCAACCAACCUCGGGCACGAGCUGGGGAACCUGAAGCGGCUGCGCGUCCAGCUGAACAAGAUCCGGUCCCUCCCCACCUCCAUCGUCGAGAUGAAAUCCCUACGCCUCUUGGAUGUGCACUUCAACGAGCUCCACACAAUCCCGCAAACAAUUGGGAAGUUGACAAACUUGGAAACCCUAAAUUUGAGCAGUAAUUUCAGUGACCUGACUGAUCUGCCCGAGACCAUCUCGGAUAUCAUCAGCCUCAAGGAGCUGGAUUUGAGCAACAACCAGAUUCAUGCUUUGCCCAACACGUUUGGGAGGUUGUUGAACUUGACGAAGCUGAAGUUGGACGGGAAUCCUCUGGAGAUUCCUCCGGCGAGCGUGGCUGCGGCGGGGGUGGAUGCGGUGAUGGCAUACAUGACCAAGAGGUGGGUGGAUAUGCUGAUGGAUGUGGAUGACGAGAAGAGCAUGCUUUUUGUGAAGGAGGAGGAGGAUGAAGGGCUGCUCAGCCGCGGCGCCAGCUGGUUCAGGACCGUGGUCACCGUGUUGGGAGGCUUCGGGCAGUCCGAUGCUGACCGCCACCUGGAUCAGGAGUACUGAAUCUCGUCGCUACACGUUAUCUGUGACUGUGAGUGGUCUCUGUGUUUGGAUGGUUAAUUUAAUUAGGGUGCUCACCAAUCACCGUCUCAUCAAGAGCUAGGACUCUAAUUCUUUGCAUUAAUUUAUCAUGUAGAAAGGUCGAGUUAAUAAGUCUUAGGGUAGGGAUUUUGGGUACUGGUAAUAAACAAAGUUGAGUUGAGUGCAUUUCUAGUCAAACUGUGUUGUUCUUAUCUUUUUGAAAUUAACAUUUGGAGAGGGAGAUUUUCGAUGUAUAUUUGCUGAUAAAAUAACUAGUGUGCAAUGCUUUUGUGACGUUCGACCUAAGUGUGUACUCAUUUAAAUUAUUGGCAUAGAGCCCUGUGUAUUUGAAUUA